UGAGUCACAAAUCCUGGAAGCCCAGGGUCAGGCGAGGCGGCCCACGAUUCCCUCCAGGCCUUCCUGUUUUUUGGCCUUGAAAGCUCGGUGGCGGGCACUGCAGGGCGCCCAUGUCCCCCAGUCGCUCUCACUUGCAAGGGCCUCCGGAUUCUGGAGCCACCCAGCCAGCGCGGGGCUGGGAGACGACCUGCUGCCCAGAAGGGGAACCAAGGCCCGGCCCGCCAGAGACUUUCCAGGACGGUACCACCGCAAAGAUUCUCAGUAGGAGCUUCCGGGACCCGUCGCACCCCUUCUGCUUCCGGAAGUGCACACCGUCCAGCUCUCUGCCCCGCCUCGUCUGCCGUUGUCACCUCUGCCACCUGGCCCUCGCCAUGCUGACCUCGCGAGCGCCCCCUCCCCGCCCGGCCCUGCUGCUCCUCCUGCUGCUACUGGGGGGCACCCACAGCCUCUUCCCCGAGGAACCGCCGCCGCUCAGCGUGGCCCCCAGGGACUACCUGAAGUUCUACCCCGUGUUCGUGGGCGGAGGACCUGGGCGCCCGGGCCCUGCCGAGGCCACCGAGGACCUCAACAUCCAGCGAGUGCUGCGGGUCAACAGGACGCUGUUCAUCGGGGACAGGGAUAAUCUGUACCGAGUGGAGCUGGAGCCCCCCACGCCCACAGAGCUGCGGUACCAGCGGAAGCUGACCUGGCGGUCUAACCCCAGCGACAUAGACGUGUGUCGGAUGAAGGGCAAGCAGGAGGGCGAGUGCCGGAACUUCGUGAAGGUCCUGCUGCUUCGCGAUGAGUCCACGCUGUUUGUGUGCGGUUCCAACGCCUUCAACCCAGUGUGCGCCAAUUACAGUAUGGACACACUGCAGCCUGUUGGGGAUAACAUUAGCGGCAUGGCUCGCUGCCCGUAUGACCCCAAACACGCCAACGUCGCCCUCUUCUCGGACGGGAUGCUCUUCACAGCCACCGUGACCGACUUCCUGGCCAUCGAUGCCGUCAUCUACCGCAGCCUCGGGGACCGCCCCACCCUGCGCACCGUGAAACACGACUCCAAGUGGUUCAAAGAGCCCUACUUUGUCCACGCGGUGCAGUGGCGCAGCCACGUCUAUUUCUUCUUCCGGGAGAUCGCGAUGGAGUUUAACUACCUGGAGAAGGUGGUGGUGUCUCGCGUGGCCCGGGUGUGCAAGAACGACUUGGGUGGCUCCCCGCGCGUGCUGGAGAAGCAGUGGACGUCCUUCCUGAAGGCGCGCCUCAACUGCUCCGUGCCCGGGGACUCCCACUUCUACUUCAACGUGCUGCAGGCCGUCACCGGCGUGGUCAGCCUGGGCGGCCGGCCCAUCGUCCUGGCCGUCUUCUCCACGCCCAGCAACAGCAUCCCGGGCUCGGCAGUGUGUGCUUUUGACAUGAGGCAGGUGGCCGCUGUGUUCGAAGGCCGCUUCCGAGAGCAGAAGUCACCCGAGUCCAUCUGGACCUCGGUGCCGGAGGAUCAGGUGCCGCGGCCCCGGCCGGGGUGCUGCGCAGCACCGGGCUCGCAGUACAACGCCUCGAGCGCCCUGCCAGACGAGAUCCUGAACUUCAUCAAGACGCACCCGCUGAUGGAGGAGGCGGUGCCCUCCCUGGGCCACGCGCCCUGGAUCGUGCGCACGCUCAUGCGGCACCAGCUCACCCGAGUGGCCGUGGACGUGGGCGCCGGCCCCUGGGGCAACCAGACCGUGGUCUUCCUGGGCUCUGAGGUGGGCACUGUCCUCAAGUUCCUCGUCUGGCCCAACGCCAGUGUCGCGGGCACCACUGGGCCCAGUGUCUUCCUGGAGGAGUUUGAGACCUACCGGCCCGACAGGUGCGGACGGCCUGGUGGCGGCGGCGUUGAGACGGGGCAGCGGCUGCUGAGCCUGGAGCUGGACGCGGCCUCGGGCGGCCUGCUGGCGGCCUUCCCGCGGUGCGUGGUCCGCGUGCCUGUGGCCCGCUGCCAGCAGUACUCGGGAUGCAUGAAGAACUGCAUCGGCAGCCAAGACCCCUACUGCGGCUGGACCCCGGAUGGCUCCUGUAUCUUCCUCAGCCCAGGCACCAGGGCCGUCUUUGAGCAGGACGUGUCUGGUGCCAGCACCUCAGGCUUAGGGGACUGUACAGGCCUCCUGCGAGCCAGCCUCUCAGAGGAGCGCGCUGGGCUGGUGUCAGUGAACCUGCUGGUGACCUCGUCGGUGGCUGCCUUCGUGGUCGGGGCCGUGGUGUCCGGCUUCAGCGUGGGCUGGUUCGUGGGCCUGCGCGAGCGGCGGGAGCUGGCGCGGCGCAAGGACAAGGAGUCCAUCCUGGCGCACGGCGGCGGCGCGGCACCGCGCGCGCCACGCCCGCCCCGGCUCGGACUCGGCCCACCUCCUCCCCUAUGGGGCGGGGGACAGGACUGCGCCCCCGGUGCCCUAAGCCGGGGCCCCCCCAAUGCCUUGGCAGUGCCAGCCACGGGAACCAGGAGCAGGAGACGGCGCCAGGAUGCCAGGCCCCGGCCGGCUCCGCUGGGUGCUCAAGCCCCCCACCCCGGCCUUCCGGGGACCCUCCUCGGCCACACGGAAGCACAAGAGCGCGCACUCCCUGCCGCGGCAGGCAGCUGGGGUGCAGGACUCUGAGACCACCGGGUUGGGUGGGCGGCCGGAGGGAUCUGCUGUGAAUUUGAGAUUGACCUUCUGCGUAGACAUUUUUGGUUUCUUUUGCAGUUUUUCUAAGGAAUUGCACAACUCCCUUUUUGGGGUGGCGGCCGGAGGGGGUGGCUCUGGCCUUGGAUGGGGAGUAGGGGGCGCAGCUGCAGACCCAAGUCCCUCUACCUCCUCCGAAAGGUCCCUCCCCCGGCCGGGCCCCUGGUGUGUGUGGGUGUGUGCGCGUGUGCAUGCCGUGUUCGUGUGCAAGGGCCGGGGAGGGAGGCACGUGUGUGUGCGCAGGGCCACCCGUGCUGUGCGUGUGUCUUAAGAGUGAGUGUGGGGACCCCAGCGGCCCCGGGUCGGCUGAGCCAACGCCGGGGCUUCCGAGGUGCCGGCCGGGAGUUUGGGCCCCGCUUCUGCGAAGGGAGCAGGGUUGGCCGGGUCCAGGCGAGGAGACGCGAGAGCCUGUCCACGGGUCACAUCGGCAACAGCUCCUAAAGGGCUUGGGGGUCUGGGGGCGGUGGAGACAGGCAGGGCCCCCUGUAAAUACGGCCCCAGGGUGGUCAGAGAGUCCCAUGCCACCCGACCCCUUGUGACCUCCCCCGACCUCCAGCUGACUGUGCAUGCCACGUAGCCGGCUGAGUCUCGGACCCUCUGGAGUUCACCUCCCCCGGCCCCUCCCCAUCAAUAAAACUCUGUUUACAACCACCGGC